AUGUCUGCGCUAAACCAGAAUAAUCACCAUGAUCAGAGAGAUAAGAAGAUCUUCGUGGGAGGUUUGGCUUGGAAAACAACAACUGAUGACAUGAGAGGAUUUUUCCAGGAAAACUUUGGAGAGGUUCUUCAUGCGAAUGUUGUUCUUGAACCUUCCCCAGGAGGAAGAUCAAAAGGCUAUGGCUUCGUGACAUUCAGAGACGCUGAAGCUGCGGCAAGAGCUUGUGAACCACCGCAUCCGAUGAUUGAUGGAAGACAAACCAACAUCAAUCUUGCUUACCUCCGUGCAAAGAACAACAACAACACUAAAAACUCUAACCAAAAAGGUUUAGUACAUCAGGCAGGACCAUCGCAUCAGUAUCAGAAUGUUUCAUUCAAUCAUGUGGGACCAUCGCAUCAGUUUCAGCAGCCAAUGUUUCAAUACAGUCCACAUUUUCCUCUUCAAGUCUACUGGGAUGCGAAUCAGGGACGAUACUGUUACACGUAUCCUAGCGUUCCAUAUUACUCUACGUACAUGAUGCAACCGAAGUGGCAUGAGAUGAACAACCGACCACGUGUCGUUAUUUCUAAACCUAAAAGCCCAUCGCCUAUCCCUAAACUUGAAGAGAUCAAGGAGAUCACCAUUCAAGAAGCACGCACUGAAGACGCUGCGCAUCAAGGCAAGGACCAAGAGUCGGAUACAGAACCAGAGAGUGAUGUUGAUGAUGGUCAGGAAGGAGAAAGCAUUGGACGAGACGAUGAUAUCGUCACGCUAGCUGUUGAGUAUCAGGAGGGAGAGACCAGUGGGCUAGACAAUGGCAUCAAUCAGGAAGGAGAAAGCAUUCAAGAAGCAUGCACUGACGACGUUGCGCAUCAAGACAAGGACCAAGAGUCGGAUACAGAACCAGGCUGUGAGGUUGAUGAUCAGCAAAAGGGAAAGGAUCAGGAAGGAGAAAGCAUUGCACGAGACAAUGAUAUCAUCAAGCUAGAUGUUGAGUAUCAGGAGGGAGAGACCAGUGGAGAAGCCAAUGGCACUGGAAAUGAUGAGUGCAUCAAGCAAGAUGUUGAGUGUCACAAGGGAGAGACCAGUGGAGAAAGACAAUACACACCAAAUCGUGAUGGUCAUUGA